GAUGGAUCGAUUGAUGGAUUUGAUAGAGUGAUGGCUGCGUGUGGUGGAAAUAUACCGGAACAAGGAAGACCACCGGAAGUGGACGGAGAUGGACGCAAGUAUGGAAGGGAGAGGAAGAGCGUGGAAUUGGUGGAAGCGGCAUCGCCAAAGCUUGCGGAGACCUGCAAAGAGACGCUGAAGAAGGUCUUUUUCCCAAAAAGGAUGAUACCGGGGGUGGAAGCGCGGAAUGCUCCUAAAAAUGCGAUGAACGUUAGUAUUAACAAUAACAUCAAUAACAACAACAACAAUGGUGAGAUUGUGACGGUGAGCGGAAGGGUGGAAGUCGAGGGUAGGAAGGGAAGGAAUUCCUUCCACCAGGACGUGGAGGAGGCCCUAAAUUCUCUUCUGUGGCAGCCGUACGAGUACCAGAACAAACAAAAACUGAGCGACGGUUCAUUGGGGUCCUCGAGUUCUUGCAGCAGCCUGUCUUCGUCCGGCCUUGAAUCCUCGAACAAUGGUACCGAGAGGAACGGCAACGCUGCACCAGACCUACAUCUUUUGGUUAAUAACCUGCACGUAAACCGGCUUAGCCAAUCGCUUGCGUCACGUGACGCGGCUGAGCAACAUUCAGGAACCCAGUUGGAGAGCGUUCUUAGUACCAUCGAGUGCGGAACGGCAGCCGCUUCGCGUCGCGCACCGCUCCACACACAGCUCGGACGUCGAGGUCCUUGCAGCAGCAGCAGCCCUUCCUCUUGUCCUAGCGCGAGUUCACCCAGUGAUGAUACAUCUGGAGCAGCCGCUAUGCGCGUCGAAAUACCACCACAGCAGCAGCAGCUGAACCAUCAUGCUCUUCAGCAGAACCAACAAAUUGGCAACGGCAACAUCAAUCUGAUGCAUUACGGAGGAACCUCCACCAUGAUACACCUGCAGCAGAGGACCAACAAUAACAACAACGUGCACCAGCUGCAAAUGCAGCAGCAGCAGAUUCAAGUGCGCGGUGCUCAGAACAACCUGAGCUCAGUGAACGUCGUCGGAUUACCGAGCCAUCCGCGGCAAGCAUCAGUUCCGUCUUCAGCGAUGACCUCGAAUCGGAAUAACCUGCUGAUGCCGACGCACUCGCGCAACAUCUCGGAACCCUUUCGUACAAGCAGUAACAACAAUAGUAACAGCAACGUAUUCCUUCAGGGCCAUCAUCCGAGGAACGGAUCCGAACCAGUCGCAACCCCAUACAGACCACCAACGACCAUCAACAACGCCAACAUCGUUUCUAUCUUGAAUCAUCAGCGUUACACGACUAAUGUGAACACGGCUGCGGUGAAUCACAUGAGGAGCUCUUCGAUGCCCUACCAGAAUGUGAACGGUGGUGGUGGUGCUGCUGUGGUGCACCAGAGGAACGGCUCCGAUUUGAACGCAACGAGAUCUGGAAGAGUACCGCUAAAUGUCAGCAAUGUGAACGUGAAUUAUUACCGAGCGGUACCGGUGAAUGUUGUAUCCGCGGUGCCCACCAUCCACUGUUACAACAACCACACCACCAGCGAUUCCAACAACGUUUCCAAUGUUAACAUCGUGCAGGCGAUGCCGGUCAACCAGCAGACUCUGCCCGUUCCGACGAGCUACGCGCCUCCACCGCCCACGCUCGCGACGAACACCACGUCGACGUGCACCGAGGUCAUAGUGCACAGCAGUCAAGAACCGGUCGUACCGGAGGUGCGCACCUUCACGUCCACUGAAGCCCAGACGGACGACACCGUCGUCAACGAGGCGGCGGCUCGGGAGCAGAGACGUAGGGAGAGGAGAGAACGUCGUCACCAUAGGCGCGUCUACAACCAUCGUCAUAACAAUAACGUCAGCAGCAGCAGCGGCGGCACCGCGGAUAAUUCGACCCAGUUCAAUGGGACGCAAACCGAUAGACUCCCGGAUCUUCUGAACAACACCCUUCCGCCACCGUACUCGACGAUGCCCUCGAACGGCAGUCAGAUGAUGGCGCCGCCACCGCUUCCUCCACCAAACAUCCUCGUGCCACACGGAACUAUUGUGCAAACUAUGGUGCCCAACAGUAUAGUGCCUAAUGGAUUAGUACCCAACGCGAUGGUACCGUUCCACCAUCCCCAGGUGGUGCCAGGUCAGGUCCCGCUCGUGCAAGGUGCGGGACCCGUCCCAGUUCCGGUACCAUCGCCCACUGGAUUUCGAUUCCCCUUCCCGGCCGGAGGAUUCAGAAG